AUGUCUCAAAUCAAGGUCUCUGACAAAUUGCCAAUAGAUACUAAGCUUUACUAUGUUCCAUACUCUCCGGAGUAUGAAAACAUCUGCUCAAUUGCUCUGCCAAAGGAGCUGGACCUAGCCGAAUUGACUCCAGGCAAGACUCUGGUGAUUGUGGCUGCUCCGGGCGCAUUCACUCCAACCUGCACCGAGAGACACAUUCCGGCCUUUGUCCAGCACGCCGAGGAACUGAAGAAGAAGGGCGCCGACGAGAUCAUUGUCCUCACCACCAAUGACCCAUUCGUCCAGUCGGCUUGGGGUAAGGCUUUGGGUAACACCAAGGGCGUUGUCAAAUUUGCUACCGAUCCAUCUGGUGAGUUCAGCAAGAAGCUGGGCCUUGCUGUUGACGGUGCCCCAUUCGUCACCUACCGUACUGGUAGAUACGCUUUGAUUGUCAAGGACGGCGUGGUCACCUACGUUGGCGUUGAAACCGGCAAGGACGUGACUGUCAGCAGCUACGAAGCCGUUUUGGAGCACCUGUAG